UGUUGCUUCCCCCCUCUCUGAGCCGGCCGCGCCGGGCCCCUUCCCCCGCCGCCGCCAUUUUGAGAGGAGCAUCGGGGCUUAUUGUCCGCCUUGUGGGCUUCGCGGGGCCGGCGGCGCUCGGGCUCCCCAGGCGCUGACUGGGCCGCGGCCGGCGCGGCAGGAGACCCCGGUGGGAGGGGCAGCGGUAGAGCCAUGGAGGACGAAAUGCCCAAGACCCUAUAUGUAGGGAACCUGUCAAGAGAUGUGACUGAGGCACUAAUCCUCCAGCUGUUCAGCCAGAUUGGACCAUGCAAAAACUGCAAAAUGAUCAUGGAUACAGCUGGAAAUGAUCCAUACUGUUUUGUGGAGUUUUAUGAACAUCGUCACGCAGCUGCAGCAUUAGCUGCUAUGAAUGGACGGAAGAUAAUGGGUAAGGAGGUCAAAGUGAACUGGGCAACAACCCCCAGCAGCCAGAAGAAAGAUACCAGCAGUAGUACCGUUGUCAGCACACUGCGUUCACAAGACCAUUUCCAUGUCUUUGUUGGAGACCUCAGUCCAGAAAUUACAACUGAAGAUAUAAAAGCAGCUUUUGCACCGUUUGGAAGAAUAUCAGAUGCACGAGUGGUUAAAGAUAUGGCAACAGGGAAAUCUAAAGGAUAUGGCUUUGUUUCCUUCUUCAAUAAAUGGGAUGCAGAAAAUGCUAUUCAGCAGAUGGGUGGACAGUGGCUUGGUGGAAGACAAAUCAGAACUAACUGGGCAACACGAAAACCUCCAGCUCCAAAGAGUACAUAUGAAUCAAACACCAAGCAGCUGUCUUAUGAUGAUGUUGUAAAUCAGUCGAGCCCAAGCAACUGUACUGUAUAUUGUGGUGGUGUUACUUCAGGACUAACAGAACAGCUAAUGCGCCAGACCUUUUCUCCAUUUGGGCAGAUAAUGGAAAUUCGAGUCUUCCCAGAUAAAGGGUACUCUUUUAUACGGUUCAAUUCUCAUGAAAGUGCUGCACAUGCAAUUGUUUCUGUCAAUGGAACUACUAUAGAAGGGCAUGUUGUGAAGUGCUAUUGGGGCAAAGAAACACCAGAUAUGAUCAAUCCAAUCCAGCAGAAUCAAAUUGGAUAUCCACAGGCUUAUGGCCAGUGGGGCCAGUGGUAUGGAAAUGCACAGCAAAUUGGUCAGUACAUGCCUAAUGGUUGGCAAGUCCCUGCAUAUGGAAUGUAUGGACAGGCAUGGAAUCAGCAGGGAUUUAAUCAGACACAGUCUUCUGCCGCAUGGAUGGGUGCAAAUUACGGAGUUCCACCACCUCAGGGGCAGAAUGGAAGUGUGUUAACUAAUCAAACUGGAUAUCGCAUGGCAGGUUUCGAAACUCAGUGAGAGAAAAGGACUCUGGAACCUAACACCAGUGACUUGAGGCAACAAGGAGUGCUGUAAAGCCUUUGUUUACUUAGAUUUAUCAAGUCAGUGCAAAUGUCCGAUACAAUGUAUUUAUUUAAAGAAAUCAUUUUAAUCAUGAAACUAUUUGUCAUCCACAUUGUUUAAAGAAACAAACAGGAAAAACUAGAUGCUGGAUGUCUGCCAACUUUUGCCUUCUUUUCCUCCUUUUGAUGUGUGUUUCUUAAGAUCCUUGUUUGAAACACAACAAAUGCAGGGAUUACUGCCACUGUUAAAUUGGGGCAGAAAAUUGCACAAAGUCAAACUUUUUUUUUCUUCUGAAGUAGUGUGCAGUUUUAGUUUGCAUUCCUAAUGGUUUAAAAUGUAUUAUAAACAGUUGUACAAAAAAGCCAAAACUGUGUGAAUUCUGAAGGUUCUUUUACAAUCUUCAGCCUGUGCACAAAUUAGUUUUAAAAAUAGCCUAUUGUAUAAAGUGUCCAUCUCUCCACUUUUGUUUAUACCAGGGUUUUCAAAUAUAAAUUAUUUUACAUCAUUUUGUAUCUAGACAUUUUUCAAACAGUUGUCUUUGCCUUAUGUCAUGAGGAAAAUGUGAUGCUCAGCAUAAAAUUGUGUGCACAACUCUCAGAUGGAUCUAACUGAAGUCACAUUGUGUUCUACGUGAGAAGGUGCCUAGAGAAAUCUCUGUUGGAUUUGUUCUAUAGGAUUUUUAUCUUCAGUGAUAAACUUUGAUGUGUACUAGGGAAUAUAAAAUCCUGUUACAAAUACCACAAUGUGACAAAUUCCUAAGAACCAGCUUUUUUCUGUCAAUCUACAUUUACACAUAUCCAUUAUCAUGUAAAAUAUUUUAGCAAACUAAUAUUUUGCACAAAAGUUAGAAAACUUUGUAUGUUUCCUUAUUUAAAGGUAGGAUGCAGAGUCCUUUCACGUGAUUUAUGCAUAACAUUUUUAAGGGUUUUUUUUGGUCUUGCAUGUGAAUAUCAAAUACACACUUAGGUAGUCUUUGAAUACAAAGUCAUCCGCUCUUUUUUUAAAGAAACUGUAAAAGACACAAAGUUGUAUGUAGAAAACAAAUCAGUCUUACUGUUUACUGAUAGUAAAUUUUACUCAAAUAGAGUAAGUUGACUUGAUUUUAACAUGUACAAUUAGAGCUGUGAAAACUGUAGCAUUGUAUGUGUAAGCAUCAGGCGGGGGGGGUUAUGUGGAAUGCUCCAAUUUAGCCUGAAGGACCAGCUGGGCAAAGCAUUUUUAAAUGUUCAAAGGCCAAAAAACUUUCUAUCCUACCUCCUUGACCAGCCUUCAAAGAGCAAAAACUUCUUCAUUGUGUAAUGUUAUUUAUUAUCCCUAUUAAGCUUUGGCUUCUGGAGUUCCCAUAUUCCUUUCUCUCCUCUCCCCCUCCCCCCCCCAUCAGUUGCAGUUGGGCAACUCAGAGUAUCAAGGGAUUAAACUUUUGCUAUAUUUGACAGUUAUGUGACAAUGUAUUUCAGGGUCUUAUAUGAAGUAAUAACAGAGUACAGUGGGGAUUGGGACAGGAAUGAGGUCAGGCUCCCCUUUUCCCCCCAAUUAAGGAUAUAAUAUUGGACUGUUUAAAAUUUUGAACAUUUUUAUUAGAAAAUGGGAGGGGUGGGGAGAGGGGGAAGGCAGGCAUAGGGCAAAUCUCUUAGGAGAUUGUGUUGGCCUAUAUCUUGUAGCCAACGUUCUGUAAAGUGUGGAGGACCUGAGUGUGUGUGACUCUCUGGAGAACUUUUCUAUGCAGCUGUUUUUAAAACUUGGCUUUAAAGAUAGGUGAAUACAAACCAACUUUUUUACUUGGAAAUGUUUUCCUCCUUGUAACUCUUGCAAAUAGGACUCGCAACAAAAAACAAACAAAAAAAAGCUUAAAAGUGAAAUGUUUCACAAAGUAUAUCAGUAUCUUUUUAACUUCUAUGGAUUAUUCUAGGUUAGGGCUCUAUUCUGACUUUAAUUAUGCAAACAUACAUUUUUACUUUCUGCUUGACCAGCUGUGCUGUAUCAUAUAUUUUGCCCAAAGAACAUCCAUAUCUGUGAGUAGGCUCUGGAGUUUAGCUCAAUGCUGUAUUUGAAUACAGAUUUUAAAACCAAUAUAUGCAUAAUGUGUAUUUUUACCUCUUUUAUUUUGACUGCAUGAACAGCAUCUGUCUAAAUUUAAAAAAAUGUAUCGUGAUUCCUGUCAUUAAAAUGUACACAUUA